CGGAGCCGCGCUCUCCCGCGUCACAGCGCCGGGCGGUGGCGUGGAGAUGCGGCUCCUGGCGCUGGCGGUGGCCGCGCUGCUGGCGCGGGCUCCGGCCCCGGAGGUCUGCGGGGCUCUCAAUGUCACUGUGUCCCCAGGACCUGUGGUUGACUACCUGGAGGGGGAAAAUGCUACUCUCCUUUGCCAUGUCUCCCAGAAGAGGCGCAAAGACAGUUUGCUUGCUGUGCGCUGGUUCUUUGCACGCACUGAGUCCCAGGAGACCUUGAUGGUCAAGAUGACCAAGCUCCGGGUGGUGCAGUACUAUGGGAACUUCAGCCGCAUUGCUAACCGACAGAGGCUGCGCCUGCUUGAGGAAAGACGGGGGAUGCUGUACCGACUCUCUGUCCUAACUCUUCGGCUAACGGAUCAAGGACAAUAUGUCUGCAAAGUGCAGGAAAUUAGCAAGCACAGGAACAAGUGGACAGCCUGGUCCAAUGGCUCCUCAGCAACAGAAAUGAGAGUGAUUUCCCUCAAAGCUUCUGAAGACUCGUCCUUUGAGAAAAAGAAAGAGACCUGGGCAUUUUUUGAAGAUCUCUACAUAUAUGCCGUCCUUGUGUGCUGCGUGGGGAUCCUCAGUGUUCUGCUCUUCACCCUGGUCAUCAUCUGGCAGUCUGUGUUUCACAAGAGGAAAUCCAGAGUCCUGGCUGGCAGCCUGCAUGGCUCUAUGUGA